UGUUUAUAUAUAAGGCCAAAUUUCGUUAUUGAUCAAAUAUAGAGAAUAACUGAAGAGAAAAAGGCAAUGGCUCAGGCACAGAAGUUUAUGAUGGCAGCCGUGAUCUUUGUUCUUCUAUUCUCAGUUGGUAUGGGAACCAUGCACUGCCUAGGCCUGUGCGAAACUUAUCCACACUGUUUUGAUUCAUGCAAAAAGUUUGGCUAUCUGAUAGGGGAAUGCAUACCACCUGAGAGACACUUCUGCUGCUGUGCCAACAUUACUACGAGUCUUGAGCCUCAGAACUUUCCUUCUAGAAUUGGAAGAAACCAGAAUGUUUUUCUAAAUUAUUAAGCUUUUGUUAGAAGGAAAUAAGAAAAAAAAUAUAAUAUUUGAAGAAGUUGAGUUUUAUUCUUUAACUUGUCUUCUUGUAGUUCUUAUAUUCUCAAUUUCAAGGGGAUUAAUUAAAUUUAAAGAAUGAUAUU